AUGUCAUCUAGACAAGUCAAUCAAGUAAGCAUCUGCAAAGAUAUGCAAGUCAGACUUGCAGAACUUAAAGAAUUAGCUGAAUGGUUAGCUGGGCCAGAAAAAGGUCAUAAGCCAAAAGAAUCAGAACCAGUUCCUAUUACAUUUGAUGAAUGGGCAGAUAAACAUUUAUGUUGGGAAAUGGAUAGAAUGAAAAGACAAAUGCAAUUUGAUGAUAAUAAUAUACCUAUAGGUUUAAAAGAGGAAUGGGUUCCAGAAGAAAAACAAGAAUGGAAAAUGGAGUCUCAUGGAUGGAUACCAUCAUUUAAUGAAUAUUCUAAUGAAAAAAUCAAUAUACAUAAGCUUUUAAUAAUGGAUCAGAGGGCAUAG